AAAGUUGUCGACUUUGAAACGCCAAAGGGGUGUUUAGGAUUUUGAUAAAAUGGCAUUGUUUCGCAAAUUGUUCUAUCGCAAGCCUCCAGAUGGUUUGCUCGAGAUAUGCGACAGAGUUUUCGUGUUCGAUUGCUGCUUCUCUACCGAUUCAUGGGAAGAAGAAAACUACAAAGUUUAUAUGGCGGGAGUAGUCAAUCAACUACAGGAGCACUUCCCUGAAGCAUCCUCUCUUGUGUUUAAUUUUCGUGAAGUGGGUACUCGGAGUGUGAUGGCUGAUGUCUUGUCAGAACAUGGUUUGACCAUAAUGGAUUAUCCUCGGCACUACGAAGGCUGCUCAUUGUUACCUGUGGAAGUGAUGCACCAUUUUCUCCGGUCAAGUGAAAGCUGGCUCUCACUCGGCCCAAAUAACUUGUUACUAAUGCAUUGUGAAAGCGGGGCUUGGCCAGUUUUAGCUUUUAUGCUAGCUGCCCUCCUUAUAUACAGGAAGCAGUAUAGUGGUGAGUCAAAGACUUUGGACAUGAUCUACAAGCAAGCUCCGCGUGAGCUUCUGCGUUUGUUCUCACCGUUGAACCCAAUUCCCUCUCAGCUUCGCUAUCUACAGUACGUUUCUAGAAGGAAUUUGGUCUCUGAAUGGCCUCCACUGGAUAGGGCUCUCACCAUGGAUUGUGUUAUUUUGAGAUUUAUUCCUGAUGUUAGUGGACAAGGAGGUUUUCGCCCAAUGUUCCGAAUAUAUGGUCAGGAUCCCUUCUUUGUAGAUGAUAAAAAGCCCAAGCUUUUGUACUCUACUCCCAAGAAAGGGAAACACCUGAGGCUCUACAAGCAGGCAGAAUGUGAACUAGUCAAGAUUGACAUUAAUUGUCAUGUGCAAGGUGACAUCGUGAUCGAGUGCCUCAGUUUGAACGAUGACAUGGAAAGAGAGGUCAUGAUGUUUCGAGUGGUUUUCAACACCGCUUUUAUUAGAUCAAACAUUUUGAUGCUUAACCGUGAUGAAGUCGACACAUUAUGGCAUGUAAAAGAAUUCCCAAAGGGGUUUAGAGUUGAGCUUCUCUUCUCAGAUAUGGAUGCUGCCUCUUCUGUUGACUUGAUGAAUUUUUCGUGCUUGGAAGAGAAAGAUGGUCUUCCCAUAGAAGUUUUUUCCAAAGUUCAUGAGUUCUUCAAUCAAGUUGACUGGGUUGAUCAGACAGAUGCCACACGCAAUAUGCUUCAGCAGUUAGCCAUUGCAAAUGCUGUUCAGGAAGGACCAGAUGGGAAUUCAAGCCCAAGACUACAAGGGUUAAGCCCUAGAAGUAUCCAUGAUAUUAUGAAACAUGCAGCAAUUGAAAAUAGUGCAAAGUUCAAAUUGUCUUCAAUGUCCGAGGGUGAAACAAUCGACACACCAGAAAAGCCUCCUACUGAUUCAGUCAAGAAGUUUAUAGCAGAAGAUCUACAUUCUGUCCUUCAGAUAAGUAAUCAGGAAAAAACCGCCAGCCAGGAUGCAACAAAGUUGUUACAUCAAGAGUCCCCUUCUCUCAAGCUUGUGCAUCAUUCUGCAACAGUUAAACCUCUUGUGGACGGUUCUAAAUCUUCAGAACAUGUUGAGGAGAAUUUUCUGAAGAGUCCUUCAGCAAAAAAUGGGAAAGCAAUCUCGUUUUCGCCACCCACACCGUCACCACCUCAUCCUGCAAGACCGCAGUUGGCUCUAGCGGGGGCACCUCCCCCACCUCCUCCACUUCCAGCUGCUGCUUCUAAGCCUUCAGAGCAAUUGCAGCAUUCUAUUGUUCAACCAACAGAGCCUCUGUCACAAGGAAAUUCCUGGAUGUCGUUAGCAGGCUCUACAUUUCAUCAAACAGUUCCGAACGAAAAAAAUCCCAUUACACUGCCUCCAACACCUCCCCUUGCUUCUACGUCACAUGCCUGUCCUGAGCCAUCUUCUAAAACAACAAAUUCAUUGUUACUGUCACCUCAAGCAUCAUCAGCUACUCCCGCCAACCCAUCAAAAAAUGUUUCAGUAGAUUCUUUUGGUCCUGCUACUUCACCUCAUUUAGGAGCUUCUGAUAAUGUGGCUUCAAAUCUUGGACAACCGGCUAGGUCACCUCCUCCAGUAUCUAAUUCAGACAAAAAUCCUGCUUUGCCUCGACCGCCUCCUCCUCCUCCUCCCCCUCCAAUGCAGCAUUCCACAGUCACUAAAGUUCCCCCUCCACCACCACCACCAGCACCGAUUAUUCUUGCCUCUUCUCCCCCUCCUCCUCCUCCUCCUCCUCCGCCCGCUCCUCCAACACCACAAUCUAAUGGAAUCUCUGCUAUGAAAAGUUCACCUCCUGCACCACCUGCACCCCCUGCACCUCCCCGGCUUCCCACUCAUUCUGCCUCUCCUCCUCCUCCAACCGCGCCACCUCCACCACCAUUAGGUCAGAAUAGGGCACCAUCAGCACCACCCCCUCCUCCUCCAAAGCUAGGCACCAAGUUAUCCCCGUCUUCCGGUCCUAAUGUUCCUCCAACGCCUGCUUUACCAACUGGCUCUCUUUCAUCGGGGAAGGGGCGAAUGUUACGCGUUAAUUUAAAGAAUAGUCCAACCAAAAAGUUGAAGCCAUACCACUGGUUGAAACUGACAAGAGCUGUCAAUGGGAGCUUAUGGGCUGAAACACAAAUGUCUAGUGAAGCUUCUAAGGCUCCUGACAUUGAUAUGACAGAGCUUGAAAGUCUGUUCUCCGCAUCUGCUCCAGAGCAGGCAGGAAAAUCGAGACUAGAUAGCUCUCGUGGACCUAAACCCGAGAAAGUCCAACUGAUUGAACACCGGCGAGCAUACAAUUGUGAAAUUAUGCUUUCAAAAGUGAAAGUACCUUUGCAGGAUUUGACGAACUCAGUGCUUAACCUGGAGGAGUCGGCUCUUGAUGCUGAUCAGGUUGAGAACCUAAUUAAGUUUUGCCCAACAAGAGAAGAAAUGGAAUUACUAAAGGGUUACACUGGUGACAAGGACAAGCUUGGAAAAUGCGAACUGUUCUUCUUAGAGAUGAUGAAAGUCCCACGAGUAGAAACAAAGCUCAGGGUAUUCUCAUUCAAAAUGCAGUUUACCUCUCAGAUUUCUGAACUAAGGAAUAGUCUAGGUGUUGUGAACUCCGCAGCAGAACAGGCAAGUCAGACUCAACUGGAUCUAGGUGCUGCGGUUGGGUUUAAAUUGGACAGUUUGCCGAAACUCAGUGAAACACGGGCACGUAAUAACCGAAUGACUCUGAUGCAUUAUCUAUGCAAGAUUCUUGCUGAAAAAAUCCCAGAAGUUUUAGAUUUUACAAAAGAAUUAUCCUCAUUAGAGCCGGCAACAAAGAUUCAACUGAAGUUUCUGGCCGAGGAGAUGCAAGCUAUAAACAAGGGACUGGAGAAAGUCGUACAGGAACUUUCCUUGUCCGAAAAUGAUGGCCCGAUUUCACAUAACUUUAACAAGAUAUUGAAGGAGUUCCUUCAUUAUGCGGAAGCAGAAGUAAGGUCGUUGGCUUCACUCUACUCGGGAGUGGGAAGAAACGUGGAUGGCUUAAUUCUCUACUUUGGUGAAGACCCUGCCAAGUGCCCUUUUGAACAAGUGGUGUCGACUCUUCUAAACUUUGUAAGACUGUUCAAUCGUGCGCAUGAAGAAAACGGAAAACAACUCGAGGCAGAAGCUAAGAAGAAUGCUGCUGAAAAGGAGAAACCAAAAACAGGUGGAUUAGAUAAAGAAAUCAAGAAGCCCUUGGAUGAAGAAGUUAAGGAGAAAACAAAAACAAGUGGAUUAGGUAAAGAAAUGAGUGAGCUACUAAAGGAAAGAACUGCUCCUUGAAUAACUGGCUAUACUGGUUUCUUCCUAGAUGGAAAUGGUCCAAGACCGAACGGGCUUUGAGAAGAAAAGCACUCGGUGAAGGUGAGGCCGUGCUUAAAACUGGCUUUAGAGCAUGGAACAACAGGAGUGGGAUGUUAAGGACUACAAUAUUUUAUCUUCUUUAACGGCAAAGCUAACUUGUAAAAUAGGGAGGGGUAUAAAAUAUUGUAAUUAGA